AUGUCGGAACUCGCUGAAGUUUUGAAAUCUAAUGCUGGCGGUAUUUUAUUGAAAGACCCUUCUACUACCUUUAAAGAUGUCAAAACUUAUAUAGAUUCAGUUAUUAAUACUUGUAAAAAUGCGAACAUUAUAAAGAAAACAGAAUUAGACGAAAUCACUGUUGAUGGUUUAGAUGCAAAUCAGAUCUGGUGGCAGGUCAAACUGGUUCUUGAAAGUAUUGAUGGUGAUUUACUUCAAGGAAUUCAAGAGCUCAAAGAUGUUUUCAUACCUUCUUCUCACAAUCCUCCUGUUGAGGACAAUUCAAACAUAUCGUCUGGAGAAGAAAGUGCAAAAGAAGAGGCAGAGAGCUUUUCUGAAGAGGAAGCAAUACUUUCUGAUGAAAUUUCUGUGGCUGAGAAGCAGGGCGGUGAUAGUUUCUCCGAGGAGGAAGAGGAACCUAUACCGGAUAAUAAAGAAGCAAAGACGAAGGCAGAUUUUGUCGAGGAAGAUAAAAUAUCUUCUAGGCAAGGCGAAGGGAAUUCAUUAACUGAUCCUUAUGGUAUUAAUGACAAAUUCUUCGAUCUUGAAAAAUUCAAUAGAGAGACUUUAGCUUCGGAAAAUUUUGAUGAAGCUGCUGACGAGGGUGAAGAUGCAGAGAUAGAUUACUUUCAAGAUGUACCUUCAGAUGAAGAGGAAGAGGAGGCCAUUUAUUAUGAAGAUUUUUUUGACAAACCUGGAGAGGAAUCUGUGAAGAACAAUCUUGACAUAAAUGAUUCAGAAGAUGAUGAUCAAACGAAUGAAAAGGAGUAUGAUUCUGUCAUGGAUAAAGUCAAGUUAGACUUGUUUGCUGAUGAGGAGAAUGAGUCAAGCGCUGAAGAAAUGGGCGAAGAUAGCGGCAAGAAUUUAUCUACUUUUGAAAAGCAACAAGUAGAGAUUAGGAAACAGAUAGAACAACUAGAGAAGGAGGCAGUCGCCGAGAAGAAGUGGUCUCUGAAAGGGGAAGUGAAGGCCAAGGAUCGUCCUGAUGAUGCACUACUUACUGAGGAACUUGAAUUUGAUAGGACUGCAAAACCUGUACCUAUAAUAACAAGUGAGGUUACGGAAUCAUUAGAAGAUAUGAUUAGACGGAGGAUACAAGAUAAUAACUUUGACGAUCUUUUGAGAAGAACCCUGUUAGAUAUCACGCGCAAGCCUCAACGGCCUCAAUUUGAACUAAGUGAUACUAAAUCUUCGAAGUCCUUAGCAGAAAUAUAUGAGGAUGACUACGCACGUACUGAAGAUGAAUCUGCUUUAAGUGAAGAACUUCAAAAGGCACAUCUCGAAAUAUCAGAACUUUAUACCGAUCUGGUAUAUAAGUUAGAUGUGCUUUCGUCAGUACACUUUAUUCCUAAACCAGCAAGUACUUCUUUGGAAAUUAGAGUUGAAACACCCGCUAUAUCGAUGGAGGAUGCUCAGCCUCUUUAUAUGUCAAAUGCAUCUUCUCUGGCUCCCCAAGAAAUAUAUAAUGUUGGCAAGGCAGAAAAGGAAGGAGAAAUCCGCUUGAAGAAUGGUGUUGCAAUGUCUAAGGGAGAAUUGACUAGGGAAGAUAAAAACAGAUUACGCAGAGCUUUGAAAAGAAAGAAGUCGAAAGCUAAUUCAUCAAACCAAACCAAAAAAUCCAAAAGGAAUGAAGUAGUUGACGCUCUGUCAAGAGCUAAAAAUAUCACUGUUAUCAACCAAAAGGGUGAGAAAAAGGAUGUUUCUGGUAAGACUAAGAGAAACACAUCGGGGACAGAUAUCACUAAUAUAAAACUCUGA